AUGGAAGCAGACUCCACAACAUACGACGAUAAUUCAAAAGGAUUGCUGACUGAUGUUUUCCCUUUUCCAAUUAGUCCUGGGAAUAAGAAACUUUAUAUGAAUUUGACAUGUUAUAUUAGUGAUAAAAGUCUUGAAAGCCAAAUUGUGGAAAAACUACAAGCAUUUGGUCUUUUACCAAAGACUCUUAAAUGUCUAACAGGAAGUCCAGAAUGUCACCUCAUCUGCAAAACAGCAAGGGUUAUUGAUAGAGUGCAAUGGCUAUGUGAGGGGUGUGGUAAAAGGCAGCCAAUUCGUUCUGGCUCAUUCUUUUUGCGACUGCAGUGUUCAUUGUUACAGGCUCUUCAAAUUAUCCUUGCAUGGAGUGAAGAUGCUGAUUGCGCUACGGUUGCAGAGCACUUUGGCAUGAAACCCAAGGUAGUGAACGCAAUUUAUGACAAACUAGAUGAUUUGGCAAGAAAAGAACACAGAAAAGCAAAGCUCGGUGGUGAGGGUUGUGUGGUGAUUGCAGAGAUGUAUCCUAAUUGUUUGAAUCGUCUAUCUCCUGAUACUACAGAUCAACCUCACGUUCAUAGGAUACUAAUGUUGGCUGAUACAAAACACAUUCCGACUGCAUACAAACUACAUGUUAUCCGAGAUGACUUGAAGAGACAGUUGGUUGGCACGUUGGAUGAUCAGGUUCUGCGGCAUGAAGUAGAGAAGGUGGUUUCACUUGAAGUUGACCCAGAAUCCAUUUUGGUGAUGGGUAGUGAUGUCCCGGUCCUAGAGGGAGCGGUCACCAUACAACAACUUGCGCAACAAUGCGAUGUUGAAAUGCAGCAUUUUUUGACUUCAAGGAUAUGGCGUCAAGCGGUGACGCUGUGUAAUGCUUCUCGCGAUUUGUGCGUUGGAAACACCUCGAUGGCAUGCGCGGCCUCAGUACAGAGGUAUUUGGACACGUCCCUCUACCGCUUGCGGUAUGGAGACGGCUUCUACUCACAUAUAUUAGAUAUUAUUGCUGAUCAGUUCACUGAAAAGAUUUCAGAUGUAUAA